GAGAGAGGGGGAGCCGCCUGGUGGGCUCGCUGUGGAGCCUGAGGGUGUUGUCCUGACCCGCCAGCAGCAAUGGGCAGAAAGCUGGAUCUCUCCACGCUGACGGAUGAAGAGGCCAAGCACGUGUGGGAGGUGGUUCAGCGAGACUUUGAUCUUCGAAAGAAGGAGGAAGAGCGAUUGGAGGAACUGAAGGGCAAGAUCCAGAAAGAGAACACGAAGAAGGAGCUGCUUUCAGACCAGGCUCACCUGAACGAGACCCACUGCGGACACUGCCUCCAGCCCUACCGCUUCCUGGUCAACAGCAGGCGGCAGUGCCUGGACUGUCACCUGUACACCUGCAAAAGGUGCGGCAGCUACAACCGGCGAGAGCAAGGCUGGGUCUGCGACCCGUGCCGACUGGCCAGAGUUGUGAAAACCGGCUCCCUCGAUUGGUACUACAAGCAUGUGAAAGCAAGGUUUAAGCAUUUUGGUAGCGCCAAAGUGAUGCGCUCUCUCUAUGGAAGGUUGCAGCCUGAACACGGGAGCUCACCUGCUUUAGGUCUUCAGCACAGAUCCUACAGCCUGCCAGAUGUGAACAGUGGAGCACAGCUCUCUCCCACUGGAGGCAGCGGGGAAAGCGAGCAGACAUCUGAAGAUGAAGCUCUGGGUGGCACCGAGGCUCAGCACCUCAGCAGAGAAAAGCGGCUGCUGUCAGUUCACCCGUUUGACUUUGAAGUCGACUCAGACUGCUCUGCUCAGUCUUGUCCUCAGUCUCUGCAGCUUUCUCCAGCACCAAGCACCCUGGACAGUCUUCAGACCCUCUCAGAUGCUCCCCAUGCUGAUCAUGAGGAAGCUGCCUCCCAGAAGGAUGCCUUCAUCCCCGAUGCCAGCCUCUCCCCAGAGGCCCAGGACCUUCUCAAAGAGCAGGGAUACAGCAGCCCGGAGGUCUCCCUGCCCUUCAACUCCAGCCUGGAAAGAAAGCCCAGCCCUGAGGGGACUGACCAGCCCCAAGUCCAGUACUUCGCUGACACGGACACCUCCGAUGAGGACGUCGAAGAAGCCCACAAGAUGGAGGCCCAUCUGCCCCACCAUUCCAAAUGCAGAAGUUGGGCUUCCUCCCAGGAAAGCGCGGCUCCCCCUGAAACCCAGUCCUUUGGGCCUCAGCCUCACACGGAUGCCGACAUAGAAGAGGAGGCCCUGAAGAGAAAGCUUGGGGAGCUGACCAGCAAGGUCAGUGACAAGGAAGGCUCUUCAGAGGAAGAAGAGGAGGCUCAGAGUGGGCUGAGCUCAGGAAGGAGCUCUGUACCUGGCACCGAGCCCAGCGAGGCCCAGCAGGCUGCCUGGACACAUGCAGGGGAGAAUAGGCUUCUUGACUUUGAGGACCAAGUCCCACGCACCACAAGCCCUGAGUCAGCGCUGUCAAAGCUGGAGGACAGAGCGGCCUUGACGGCCACUGAGGUGUCAGAUAUAAAAUCCCGAAUUGCUGCUCUCAGUGCUGCUGGACUGCCUGUCAAGACCUGGGAGAAACCAAGGAAGAAAUCAAACCUACAGAUAUUUCCCCUGCAGCCCCCCACGAGCAGCCUCAGAGACGAAGAUCCAGAACUCCCUGAGGCUAACAAGGUCAUGGCUAGACCACACGUCCAGAGGAGAAUACUCAACAAUUCUCUUAAACUUCAAG